AACCGAUUAUCUCCUUCUCAACACGGUUCAAGAGCUAGAAGCUGAGCAUAUAAAUCAUCUAAAAGCUAAAUUCCGCUUUCAUGUCUAUCCUAUGGGCCCUGCCAUACCGUUUCUGGAACUUGAACCACCCAAAGAUUCAUCAACGACCAACUUUGACCACAUAACGAAGUGGUUAGAUUCACAGCCAAAUUUGUCAGUGAUUUACAUUUCUGUGGGCAGUUUCCUCUCGAUGUCUCGUCCCCAAAUGGAAGAACUUGCUUCUGCUUUGAAAACCAGUGGGAUUCGUUUCCUGUGGGCUUGUCGUUCAGAUUCAGAGUGGCUGAAAGAGAAAUGCGGGGACAGGGGUCUGGUGGUGGCAUGGUGUGACCAGUUAAAAGUUUUGUGCCAUGAUUCGAUUGCCGGAUUUUGGAGCCAUUGUGGAUGGAAUUCAAUUCUGGAAGCUUGCUUUGCUGGUGUCCCAAUACUGGGAUUUCCUAUAUUUCUGGAUCAAUUCUCGAACUGCAGGCUUAUUGCAGAAGAGUGGAAGAGUGGAUGGAUGGUGGGUGGUGAAAGAUCAGAGGACUUUGUGACGAAAGAAGAAAUAUUGAAGGUGGUUAAGAAGGUGAUGGACCAUGGGAACAAAGAAGGGAAGAAAAUAAGAGACAGGGCAAAACAACUGAAGGCGUUGUUUCGCGAAGCGAUUGCGGAAAUUGGUUCCUCUUCCCUCCACUUGAACCUCCAUGCUUUUGUCCAAGACAUUCUGGGUGUUUAAGAUAACAGAGAAAGAAAACAUGUAUUUGUAGAUAUUAAUAAUAAGGAUAUCCAGGUCAAAUA